UGUGGUAACAGUCCGAUCACUGAAGUUGUCCCAUUGACAACAGUAAUUGUUACGAGGAAGUUUUUAUAGGUUAUUUGCCAUAGAACUGUAUUUUAUUUAAUUUGGCUUAUAUUCAAAAUUCGUACUAAACAAAGUAACUACGCAUAAAGGAUUAUUGAACCAUAAAAAGCUCGCAAUGUCAGUUGACGCAGAUUCUGACAAUGAGCUCGAUGAGAACUAUUACACGUUCCUGAAUCUACCGCGAGAUGCGACAGGAGAACAAAUAAGUGCUGCGUAUAGGAAACUCAGCCGCAUUUACCACCCAGACAAGCAUAUGGACGUAGAAAGUAAACAAAAAGCCGGACAGUUGUUUAAUCGCACUAAGCGGGCUUAUGAGGUGUUGUCGGACCCUCAUAAACGAGCUAUUUACGAUUGUGUCGGCCAAAAAGGUUUAAGAACCGAUGGCUGGGAGUUGGUACAUCGUACGAAAACUCCAGCUGAGAUCCGUGAGGAGUAUGAAAGAUUAGCACAAGCAGCCGAAGAGCGGAAGCUACAACAACGCACCAAUCCUCGUGGCAAUAUAACAAUUAACGUUAAUGCCACAGAGGUAUUUACCCCAUACGAUGAGACGCAGCUUCCCCGCAUUGAGGUGUCGUCAAUGAGCAUUUCUCAAUCUAUUGAAGCGCCUAUCAAUCGAAAGGAUGUCCUAACUCUGGGCGGAAAUCUGUAUUCUUCUAAUGGUAAUGGAAGUGGUAACUUUAUUCUCUGUGGUAGGAGAUUAGUUAACAAGGGCUGGCUAGAAAUUGAUGUGGGCGCUGGCAAUGGACCCCUCUUAGGAGUCAAAGGAGGAAGAACAAUUUCCUCAGUACUUACGAUAAACGGAGGAACUUCGAUGAAUUUUCGUGAGGGUCGUGUCGUUCCUGCUGUCUUCUCAACAUUGGCGGUGCAGUUGGAUAAACACACCAUGGGUUCCUUGACGCUCAAUGUAAGCGCACAAUCGUCAAUGACUACACAAAUUGAUAGCAGUAAUGAGAAACAUGCAUGGACAACAUCGUUUGUCAUUGGUUUUCCACAUAUAUACUUGAGCGCAGCAUAUACGAGAAAAAUGUUAGAAAAUGAGCUAAAACUAAAGGUGGCAGCGAAGUUGGGAACAUUUGGCUUUCUAGCAGAAUAUGGAGCUGAGAAAAAAGUAUCGAAAUACAGUUCAGUUUUUGCUGCUGUUUCUCUAGGAGUCCCAUCGGGAGUAAUGCUAAAAUUCAAAAUAGUACGCUCUAAUCAAUCGUAUAUAUUUCCAAUACACUUGAGCGAGGAAAUAGUACCUGCUGCAGUUUUUUACGCUACAGUCACACCAAUAUUAGUGUGGUUCUUAUUUAAAAAAUCGAUACUGGAUCCUAUGCGUUUAGAGGAAAAAAAUGCCGACAUUGAGAAGACGAAACGAUGUAACGAACAACGAUUAAACAGGCAAAGACAAGAAGCGCAUGCUGCAGUUGAACUAAUGCAACAUACAUAUGAGCGCAUUGUUUCGGAAGAAGGCAGAAGGGGUGGCCUUGUAAUCACACGUGCUACUUAUGGACAAUUUGAAGAGGGUAAUAACAACUUUCAUGAAAGUGCCUCAAUAGAUGUAACGAUACCACUACAGUGUCUCGUAACGGAUGCUACAUUAAUACUGUAUCGAUCUUCUAAGAGUGAAUUGCCCGGCUUUUACGAUCCAUGCAUUGGGGAAGACAAAAUGUUGAAAAUUGAGUACUUGUACAGAAAUCAAAGCAAUGUCAUUAUUAUUAAGGAUAUGGAUUCUGUGCGACUUCCAAUAAGUACCAGUAACUGAUACUGUAUUUUUUUUAAGUAGUCCAAAUUACCGUUUAAUAUUUGGCGAAGCCAAAUUACGCUGGAUCACAAAUUUUAAUUUGGUUUUUGUUCUCCAAAAGCCACUAUCCAAUUUCUAUGUAGAAUUGCUCGGUGAUU